AGCCCUCCUCCUCCUCUCCGCCCCGCCCAUUCCCCGCUCGAGCCGGCCAUCGCGCGGCCCUCGGGUCCUCUUGCUGCAGGGCCCCCAGGCGCCUCCCCGCCAUGCUCCCCGCGCCCCCCGUCGGGCGGUAUGGGCACACCAGCUCCCAGGCGGGGUCGCUCAUGGGCGGGCUCUGGCGCCCGCGCCCCUCCAGGGGACACGCCGCGCGUUCCGCCGGGCACGCGCUGCUGACGCCGUCCGCCAGCGCGCCGCGCCUGCAGACUGGGGCGGCCACGGCUGGGAGCCGGUGCUCAACUCCAGGCUGGCCGAGGCGGGAGGAGGCGCUGCGGGAGAUGAAUCUCCACAGGGACCACAUCUGCGACGUGCUGGCCGCGCCGCUGCUCCGGCGCGGGCCCGCGCUGGACGGCAGCGAGGGCGGGCCCCUGUUGCCGCCGGCGAUGUCCACGGCGGCCUGGGCCACGGAGGCGCAGGUCAUGCAGGCGAAGCGCCCGGCGGUCGAUGCCCGGACGAAGGUCCCUUGGCACGGAUUCCGCAGGGACGAGCUGACGGAGUACACCGAGGCGAGAUUCUCGUCCCCGCGGUACAAGGCGAAGGCGUCGCAGUGACUUCGGCCGAGGUGCGCCGCAGUGGUCGGCCCGCACCUCACGUGGUGCGGGGGGGGGCGGGGCCAGGCAGUGGGCCUGACCCCGCGCUUGCCCUCGUUGCUCCCCUCCUCCCCUAUCCGUCUCAUCUCUCUCUCUCUCUCUCUCGCUCUCUCUCCCUCUUUCUCCCCCCUCAUCCCCGUCACGACCUCCCAUUGCCCGAACCCGGCAUCCGUCCAGCAGGCUGACUCGGUUUACGAGUGCCAAUCUGACUUGCCGGCGUGCCAGAGGGCCCCAGGCUCAAAACAGGAUCGUCGUCAUCAUUGUGGUCUCCUCCGUGUCGUC